AUGGCCGUCGACACUCUGAACUCACUAUUUGACAGUUUUCUCUACAAACGGUCGACUGAAUACGACUUCGUGCUUGACAGCUUGUGGAAAAAAGACAAGGAAUGGGUGGUUCAACGGUUGAUCGAUGCGCAUGCGGUCAAACCAACCGAUCUUCCCCUCAUCUUCGACCACGCUCUCAAGCACAAGUGGUUGGACGAAUUGGUUUACUUGCCGAAUGGCUUUGGCUUAGAUCUCGCGGCUCUUGCACAUGCCGAAAAGUAUCUUGACCUCGCGAGCUGGGCCCGUCGUAACGCCGAGAGGAGCAAUGAGAUUGCGCGAUCGCUGUUGCAAUUCUUGCUGAUCAAGGCCAACCUUGAGUUGCAGUUUCAGCGCCCCCCCGAUGGACAACCUCACGUCAAGUCCAGCACGACGCUGCAGGUUCGAACUGUUGCCGCUUUUCUCCAAAUUCUAGAGGAUUUCCUUCCCAAGACACCACUUCAGGACCUCAUCAUGGUUCAACGCUCUUGCAUCACUGUCUACCCGAGGCUGAUCAACUAUGGUGAGGGCUUCGAUGACAUUAUUGAUGCUAAUGGGAAGGACGGCAAUGCUUUGCCCCCUGCCGCCAACAGUAAGAUGGAGGAGCACUACAAGAAGAUGUACGGCGACGAGAUACAAGUGCGAAAUAUCGUCGAAAUUCUCGAUCGGUACAAGCACUCUCGCGAGGCUUUGGAUCAGGACGUGUUUGCCUGCAUGAUCCACGGCUUAUUUGACGAGUACUCGCACUACGUCGAUUACCCACUGGAAGCGCUUGCAACGACUGCUGUUCUCUUCGGCGGUAUCAUUUCACACAAGCUGAUUUCCGAUCUCCCCCUUAAAAUCGGUCUGGGAAUGAUCCUAGAAGCUGUGAGAGACUAUAUGCCGGAGGACUCGAUGUAUAAGUUUGGUCUACAGGCUUUGAUGCAACUCUUCUCGCGCUUUCGGGAAUGGCCGGGAUUUUGCAGGCAAUUACUGCAGAUCCCUGGCUUGCAAGGCACCGAGGCAUGGAAGAAGGCUGAAGACGUUGUGCGGGAUCAUGAAGACGAACUUGCCCGAUCGCGCAAUGGCACAGCAGCGCCUGCCCACAGGUCCUCGGUUAGCGCUGAGCCACUUACGAACGGAAAUACAUCCGAAGGGCGAAGUGCAGAGCGCCAGCCGCCGCCCUUCAUUUCUAUCAAUGCCACAGAACGCUCGCCUGGCGUCGACUUCGAAGAGCCGUCAAGCGACACUCAGGGCAAGAUUCAGUUUGUCCUAAAUAAUUUGACCGAGACGACUCUUCAAUCGAUGUGCAAAGAACUGCGAGACAUUCUCGAGCAGCGUCACCAGCAGUGGUUUGCCAGUCAUCUUGUCGAAGAGCGUGCAAAGAUGCAACCAAAUUAUCACCAGGUGUACCUUGAACUGGUGAAGCUCUUCGAGGACAAGGUUCUGUGGUCUGAGGUGUUGAGAGAGACGUAUGUUAGUGUCGCACGCAUGCUCAAUUCCGAGGCUACAAUGCAGAAUUCAACCGAGCGAUCUCACCUCAAGAACCUUGGCGGCUGGCUGGGACUUUUAACCCUAGCGCGCGACAAACCGAUCAAGCACAGAAACAUCGCCUUCAAGCAGUUGCUCAUUGAGGCUCAUGAUACGAAGAGGCUGAUUGUAGUAAUUCCGUUCGUCUGCAAGGUCCUCAUUCAAGGCGCAACCUCGACCGUCUUCCGCCCGCCCAACCCUUGGCUAAUGGAUAUCAUCCACCUGCUCAUCGAACUGUACCAUCAUGCGGAACUCAAACUCAACUUGAAAUUCGAGAUCGAGGUCUUGUGCAAGGGGCUCAAUCUUGAUCACAAAAGUAUCGAGCCUUCGGGGGAAAUUCUCAACCGCGCUGUGGUAGAAGAAAACCAAGAGCUGCUCCCACAAGAGACACUGGAGACUUUCGAGAGUCUAUCACUCAACGGCAUCACCACUGGAGUUACUGCCAGCCUCUCUCCUCAGGUCGCUGCAGCUUCGAUACCGGACCUCGGACCUCUCAUCCACAUCCCGCCCACGAAUGAGAUGGUGGUUACGGCUACUCGACUUCAUGAAAUUGUACGCACCGCUCUGACGCGAGCACUACAAGACAUUAUACAACCUGUUGUGGAUCGAUCCGUUACCAUCGCUGCUAUUUCCACACAGCAGAUGAUUCACAAAGACUUCGCGACAGAGCCAGAUGAGAACAGGGUAAGAACAUCGGCAAUCAACAUGGUCAAAGCUACUGCCGGCAGCCUAGCCUUGGUGACAUCGAAAGAGCCCCUGAGGGCCAACUUCACAAAUUACAUGCGAAACUUGUCCAACGAUCUUCCUCAGGGCCUCCCAGAAGGCACUAUCAUCAUGUGCGUUAACUCGAAUCUGGACCUUGCCUGUAACAUUAUCGAAAAACAGGCCGAAGAAAGAGCUAUUCCAGAGAUCGAGGAAAUGAUUGAGCCCGAGCUAGAAGCACGACGUCGUCAUAGGGUGCAACGGCCUGCCGACCCGUAUGUGGAUGCUUCCCUUAGCCGAUGGGCUUGGACUAUUCCAAACCCUUUCAAGUUGUCGCCUAGUAUGGGAGGUUUGAACCCCGAACAGAUGGCAAUUUACGACGACUUUGCUCGUCAGCCUCGGACAACCACAUCCAAUGCCCCUUCCCAUGUUCCGUCUGCCUCCGAUGCGACACGUUCGCUCGCCAACGAGGUCCUCCAAGAGCAAUUUUCGGCUAUACCCAGUCUCGCAGCUAGCUCGGAGACACCGGCUGUGCAGCAUAUCAACCCUCAACUUCAGCAGCAGUACGGUCCCGUCCAUAGCGGAAACAUGGCGAACGCGAGGCCGCAGACGUUCCAGAUGGAUGGUCGCGCCUUGGUCGAGCGCGUCCAGAAGUUACUUUUGGAGCUACAACGUGUGGCGACAGAAGCCCGCGAGGAACAUUUCGCCGAUUUGCCCAGGCCCCAUCCUGUCCUUGAUGUGGUGGACGCUUUGGUACAGCAUAUGAUCAAGGCCUCGCAGACAUCUGAGGAAUUCGCAAUUUUCGCUGCAGACCAGAUCAUCCAGCUUGUUUUCAGCCCGAUUGAUGACAAUCUCGCCCUUGAGAGCCUGGUGCACGUCUUGGAAACAUUGCGAAAAAUCUCGGGUCUGACACUAAACAACAGAGUGACAGCAUUGUUCCGACAGCAACCUGGCACCUCUUUCUUCCAUAUUCCCCUAUUGGCUGCGUUGUUACGCACCGAUCUUCUGGACUGGAGGAAUAUCGAUACGUCAAUGGCCAAGGCACUGCAGGCAAGAAAGGAAGGUUCGCUCGACUUUCUGGAGCAGAUGAUUGAUCUCACUCUCCUUGGCAAUCGGCCUCUCGCGCUCUACGGAGACUUUGUCCUCACGCUUGAGGCUGCUUGGACGUGGAUUCAAGAAGAUUCAGAGUCCGCCGUUGCACAGCGACUCAAAGUUAAACUAUCCGGACAAGUCAUGCCACACUUCGAGCAACAAGAAGGUGGAGUCGCGCUGCAACAGGACCAGAUGGAGUACAUUUUCGAUGAAUGGAUCCAUCUGUGCAAUAACCCAAACGCAUCAGAUAAUUCAGCCGUUAUGUUUGUGCAGCAGAUGCAACUUAGAGGCAUCGUCGAGAGCAAAGACGAUCUAUUUCUCUUCAUUAGAGUUGCCACAGACUUGUCAGUGGAUCGUUUCGAGCAUCUUGUUCACUCUACCGGCACUUUGACCGAUGCGUUCCUCGCCGUUGAUGCUCUGGCCAAGAUAAUCAACGUGUUCAUUAGGCUGCACAGUGCACCUGAGUCAACGGCUGCUCUCAGCCGAGCAGUUUAUCUCGACUCGAUUCUGGCCCUGAUUACGUUGGUCCUCAACCAUCACCACGUACGACGUGCCGAGCACUUUAACCAGAGAGUGUUCCACCGUCUGUUGUCCGUGCUGUUCUACGAGGUCAAUUCGACGGCUGAGCAACUUUCUGAAGAGGAGAGGCCUGAAAUAUUUCUCAAAUUUGGCUCCAGACUCGCCGAUCUUGGCCCCAGAUACCUUCCUGGCUUUGUCUUCGGGUGGCUGUCACUUCUGCAGCAUCGGGUGUUUCUCCCUGGCAUCAUGAAGGACCGCAAUGGCUGGGUUGUCUUCACCAGACUACUUCAACUGCUUUUGGAACACGUUGGAGAACAGGUCAAGGCGGUAGAGCCAUCAAACGUGGCUAAAGAAAUCUACCGCGCUACGCUGAAGCUGCUGGUAAUUUUGCAGCACGAUUACGCGGAAUAUCUUGCAGCGCACUCCCAUCAGCUUGCAGCCACCGUUCCCCCGCAUUGCAAGCAACUCCUCAACGCCAUCUUGACAGCGAAUCCGGCUGCUCACCUAAAAAUGCCAGAUCCUCUAUUCCCGGGACUUCAAGUUGAUCGUAUGGACGAGGUUCGGGAAUCACCUGAAGGCCUGGACAACUCCGCAUACCAACUGCGGGAAUGGGGACUUCUUGAAGUGCUCGAUCAUGCGCUGCACAAUGGUCCUUCCGAAGACAUGUUGGCACACGUUGCCCGAGCCAUAGUCGACAGCCAAUGUACGGAGACAGGUUUUGGCCAUGUGCCUAUUCACGCCAACCUGAGGGUCAUUGAUGCUGUGACCUUGCACCUGGGCAACCAUGCGGUCGAACAGGCGACGCAGAAGGGCACCGAUGUUUUCAACCCCGCCUCCUCAGAUGUGGCUAUUCUGUUUAGGCUGAUUCACGAACUACCUCCCGAAGCCCGUUACUAUCUUAUCGUGAGCAUCACAAAUCAGCUCCGAUUUCCCAACGCCCACACCAACUACUUCAGUCGGGUCCUUUUGGAGGCCUUUGUUGGGUACAAGAAGGAUCCAGAGGAACCAGAUAUCCAGCAGCAAAUCAUUCGCGUGCUGUGGGAGCGCCUCAUCGGAUUCUGGCCCCAGCCGUGGGGUCUGAUGGUUACUGUUGUCGAGCUGCUCAAGAAUGAUAAAUACAAUUUCUUCGAGCUUCCAUUCGUCAAGUCAACCCCUGAGGAUCUCCAAGACCUCCUGCGGCUUAUCACGGCGCGCAAAGUGCCAAUGAUGACUGCCAUGAGCCAGGUCAAAGCACUCCAGGCUGUGAACCUUCGCAGCAUUCAGCAAAUUGCAGAUGCCCUGCCGGACGUGGUUGAGGGUGCCCUCGGGGACUUCAAAACCGCCAGAUCUCUCCAGUCCGCCUGCAAGUCGCAUCUGAAGCGGCCAAGCAACAAGCGAGCUGCGGAUGCGCCAACCAGUAGGCCCGAUCAAAAGCGGCCGAGAAAUGAUCCUGGUGCUAGCUCGAGCAUUGAGUCGGAGCAGCAGAGCACAGGCCAGGAAGAUGCUUUGGCAUUGCCCGUCAUCACCGAUGAAGAGGGCAUUGAGGGAGUGACCAUCUACACCAAUCGUGCGCCGGUGAUGCUUGCCUUUGCGAUCGAGCUUUUGCGGUUCACCAUGCCUGAGCAGCCCCUCUCCAGUCGCCUCAGCCUAGCUCAGGCUGUUGUCAGUAUCAACUCCAGGUCCAAAGCCGCCAGUCUUGGGUUCACCGACAGUAUACCCGAAGGCGUGUCCUGGGGUGAGGGUCAGCCCAAAGUGACAGUCAUGGGCAGAAGUGUCACCGUUCUUAAACGGGGUGACUACCAUGCCCGCUCGGUACACGAGGCGGCAGUGCCAACCGCUAUUGCCACGGCCAAUGCGAGGUUGACAAAGAAUGCGCCAAGCCAGAUGAGCAUGGGCUACAAGCACACAGGUGACGCUCAAGUCAUCGACGUUCGUCGCGCGAGUCUCGACCUUAGAACAACCCUCGCAAGUCUCUAG